CGUUUUCACACAGCGUCCGUAUUAUCAGAUGGAAGAGUGUUAGUUGCCGGUGGAUUCGAUGGUCGGACUUAUCUAAAUAGUACUGAACUGUAUGAUCCAUCAACAGGAACUUGGACAACUACUGGUUACAUGAAUGAUGGACGAGAGGAACAUACAGCAUCCGUAUUAACAAAUGGAAGAGUGUUAGUUGCUGGUGGAUUCGAUGGUCGGACUCAUCUAAAUAGUACUGAACUGUAUGAUCCGUUAAUAGGACUGUGGACAACCACUGGAAGUAUGAAUGAUGCACGACAGCUCCACACAGCAUCCGUAUUAACAAAUGGAAAAGUGUUAGUUACUGGUGGAUUCGGUGUUAUUGAUGUUCUAAAUAGUGCUGAGCUGUAUGAUCCGUUAACAGGACUUUGGACAACUAUUGAUCACAUGAAUGAUGCACGGCAGCUUCACACAGCAUCCGUAUUAACAAAUAGAAAAGUGUUAGUUACUGGUGGAUAUGGUGGUGCUGGUAUUUUAAAUAGUGCUGAGCUGCACGAAGUGUUCCAAACAAAUUAA